CGCGCGCGCAAAGAUGGCGACGCCCUAUGUGACGGACGAGACCGGCCGGUACAUCCCGUCCACGCAGCGGCCGGACGGGACCUGGCGGAAGCAGCGCCGGGUCAAGGAGGGCUACGUGCCCCAGGAGGAGGUGCCCGUCUACGAGAACAAAUACGUGAAAUUCUUCCGGAGCAAACCCGAACUCCCACCGGGUUUAAACCCAGAACCAACCCCUUCCCCAAACCCCCGCGGGACCCCCGCCCGGCCCGAAGGCUGCGACCCUUCGGCGGGGUUGUCCAAAGCGGCUCGGAGGAACCUGAAACGCAAGGAAAAAAGGAAACAGCAGCAGGAAAAGGAUCGGGAAAGCGACGGCGACGGACUGAGCGCGGCGCUGGAAAAAAUCGCCUUGGGAGGAGGAGCAGCAGGAGGAGGAGGAGGAGGAGGAGGAGGAGGGGACAGUGGGACCGAGGGGGAAAAGGGAGGGGAGAAAAGCGUGGAAAAUGCCGGGAAUUCCGAGAGGAGCCGGCGCAUCAAGAGCCUGAGGAAGAAGCUGCGGCAGGUGGAGGAGCUGCGGCAGCGCCUGGAGGGCGGCGCGAUCCCGCAGCCCACCAAGGAGCAGCUGGAGAAGCUGGCCCGGAGGAGAGCGCUGGAGGAGGAACUCAGGGGCUUGGAGCUGGACUCGUAA